AUGCUUCGCUCAGUGUCACGCCAGCUGCCGCGAGCUCUCCGCAAGCCGACACCCGCAUUCCCCACGAUCCGCUGCAUCUCCAGCACCAGCCUGCGAAUGGCCCCCCAGCUACCCGCUGUACGCCCUCCCGUCUCAUCGGCGCUUCCAGCAGACUCAUAUCAGCUCCUAUCGACCGCUGAGAAAGCUGGUGCUGCCGAAGAUGCCCUGUUUGAAGAGCAAAUCAAGGCCGUAAACGAGUGGUGGGCAUCCGACAGAUAUGAGGGUAUCAAGAGGCCAUACUCCGCUGAGGCGGUGGUGAGCAAGCGAGGAGCUUUGCAACAGACAUAUCCCAGCUCGUUGAUGGCGAGGAAACUCUUCAACUUGCUGAACGAACGAGCUGCGGAGGGCAAACCAGUCCACACUCUGGGAGCAAUUGACCCCGUACAGAUGACCCAACAAGCACCAAACCAGGAGGUGCUUUAUAUAUCAGGAUGGGCAUGCUCAUCGCUUCUUACCUCCACGAACGAAGUCUCGCCGGACUUUGGAGACUACCCAUACAACACCGUGCCAAAUCAGGUACAACGCCUGUUCAAGGCCCAGAACAUGCACGACAGGAAACAUUGGGAUGCCAGGCGAAAGCUCUCGCCAGAAGAGCGCAAGAAUACCCCAUACAUCGAUUACAUGCGCCCUAUUAUUGCAGAUGGUGAUACUGGGCACGGCGGCCUCACCGCAGUCAUGAAACUAGCCAAAUUGUUUGCCGAGAACGGCGCCGCAGCCGUACACUUUGAGGAUCAAUUGCACGGCGGCAAGAAGUGUGGUCAUCUUGCUGGCAAGGUUCUCGUACCGAUUGCGGAGCAUAUUAACAGAUUGGUUGCGGCCCGGUUCCAGUGGGAUAUUAUGGGCACCGAGAACCUUCUUAUAGCACGAACAGAUUCAGAGAGUGGUAAGUUGCUGAGCAGCACUAUCGACGUGCGGGAUCACGAAUUUAUCCUCGGUGUGACGGAGGACGGUGACCCCUUGGCCGAGACGCUCCAGAAAAUGGAGUUGGAGGGCGCAUCUGGCGCAGAGAUCGAUGUUUACGAAGCCCAGUGGGUUAAGAAACAUAAACUGGUUACAUUCGAUGAAGCCGUGGACCAACACCUCAUCGCUGAAGGUGCCUCUGAGUCAGUUAGAAAUGAAUAUAAAUCGCAUGUUGAGCAGAACCGUGAUCUUUCGAUCUCUGCUCGCCGGGAGUUGGCAGCCAAAUACACAAAGAACCCCGUCUUCUGGUCCUGGGACAUCCCACGCACCCGCGAAGGCUUCUAUCAUUACCGUGCUGGCAAUGAGGCAGCUACCAAGCGUGCUAUUGCAUUUGCCCCCUAUGCAGACCUCCUGUGGGUUGAGACCGGAGACCCCAACGUUAGCAAAGCUGCCGACUUUGCUGGCAAGAUCCGCAAACAAUUCCCUGGCAAGAAGUUGGUGUACAACUUGAGCCCCUCGUUCAACUGGAUGGGACAAGGAUUCACCGAGCAGACCCUUAAAUCAUUUAUUUGGGAUUUGGCAGAGCACGGAUUCAUUCUCCAACUUAUCUCCCUCGCUGGUCUGCACUACAAUGCCACAAUGGCUACUGAGCUGUCUCGUGGAUUCAAGGAAGAUGGCAUGCUAUCUUACGUCAAUUUGGUGCAGAAACGCGAAAAGGAGAUGGGUGUUGAUGUACUUACACAUCAGAAAUGGAGCGGAGCGCCGUAUGUCGACGGUAUUGUGGGAUCUAUCCUCAGCGGUAGCAGCUCAAACAAGAGCAUGGGUGAAGGAAACACUGAAGACCGUAAGUAA